AUGGUUUUCACUAAUACAUUAGAAUACCUCGAUCUUAUGGAUCGACUAAACCAAACCAAAACUCCUGACGAUGUUGUAAGAAACUUGACAAGGUUCAAGAUCUCUAUAUAUGAAUCAGAUCUGGAGAAAAAGUAUGGCGAACCUCUGGAAGUGAUUGGGUACUACAUCCUUUUCGCAUCCCUGUUUUGCAUCAUUGCAAUGGGGUUUGAUUUAGUACAUGGUUUUCGGAGCAAAAAGCUAUGGUUCCCGGUUAAAUACUUUCCUCUUAAUGCUGUUACUCUCGCCGGGAUAACUGUAGCGAUGAAGUUACCAGUGGAUCUAAGUGGUUCUAUGCCUGGUGUUGUGGACCAAGUGGCAAAGCUCGGAAGCAUCGCCUUUAUGUGCCCUAUAAUGGCUAAUUUCUUGCCUUCUUUAGCAACCAUGAACAGCAAUGAGCUUUUGACAAACGUCAUAGCUUUGGGUGUUCUAGUAAUAACCUUGGUGGUAAAUAUUUGCAUCCAAAUAUCUACUAGUGUUGUUGGAAAUAUUCCCAACAAUAAGUUUGAUAUUGAAUUACUUAAAGAUGUAUAUGACUUUGAAUAUGAGGCAACGGAAUUAUGGUCUCUUAAUGAUCAGGUAAUGAAAACAAUAGCCAUACUCGAUGUGGCUUUGUUGCUCUUGUUGAUAAUACUUGUAUCUUCAUCUUUAGCGAUCCUAAAAUCCAAACAAAUUAUAGAACUAAAAUACCAAGAAGUUCAUGAAAAAGACAACCUUCACUCAACCGGAAAGUUAUUAACCGUUGAGAAGCUACACCAGCAAGUGAGCAAGUACUGGAUCAUGGCAGGAAGUGGCAGCCCCCAAUUCAUCUCAGCAUGCUCUGUGACAACCACUGCUUCUGGGGUAAUAUGUGUUUUAACCUUUCUCUUGCACGGUCUUACUGUGUUGUGGACAAUUGCUUUAUGUGCAGAUCCGGUGACAAAUCCAACUAAACCCUAUGAUUCCGCAUAUAAUAGGUCAACGUUAGGUAUUUUCAUAGUACAAUCUAUCGGAAUCAUACUUGGUACAGUCGCACCAUUUGUUAGAUGUUUUGCAUCCUUAAGCUUUAAGCUGUCCAUUAAAAGCAUGUUUAAAGUAGAAAAAUACUGGUUUCAAAAGUUACUAGAGUGGAAAUAUGGAAGUAUUUCACUGGCCAUUACUUAG